AAGCCGCCAAGCCUUCACUCGGCUCCAACCCUUUUAAAUUCGCCUCAACCGCACAAAUCAACUUUUCUCUCUUUCCCUCCCCCACUCUCUCUCCCUCCCUCCCUCCAUACAGUGGAAUUGCAGGAAUGAAGCUUACAGCCUCAAUUCGCCACCAUCAUGUUCCAGCCAAAAACCCAGAGAUUAAACAACUCUCCAGUCCUCCAGCUUUCUUCAACAACACCAGUUUCCAUUCCUCAAACUACAGGAACCCUUCUCGAAUUUGCUCGAGUGUUCGAAUCUCUAAUCUCCGGCAGAGUCGACUAAUAACGGCUUGCAUUACUCGAGGCCAAGAAACUCCAUUUCUGGAACCCCAAACCGAGGAUGAACUCGAAAGGUUCGAAAAUAUCCCUUCUGUCUCAUCGACGGAAGAAGAGCGAGCAGAGAAAGCUGGGCCGGUUUCGACGAGAAGGGAAGAGUUCGCCCCUAAUUCGAGCAUUUGGAAUCAAAUGGUGGAGAUCGUGAAGUUUUCGGGGCCCGCCACGGGGCUGUGGAUUUGUGGGCCGUUGAUGAGUCUCAUUGACACUGCUGUGAUUGGACAAGGAAGUUCUCUUGAUCUUGCGGCUUUAGGGCCGGGGACAGUGCUGUGUGACAAUAUGAGUUAUAUAUUUAUGUUCCUUUCCAUCGCCACGUCAAAUAUGGUUGCCACUGCGCUAGCCAGACAGGGUAGGAAGGAAGUCCAACGUCAGAUAUCUAUUUUGCUGUUUGUCGGGUUGGCCUGUGGUGUAUUUAUGCUUUUGCUUAUGAAAUCCCAGGGCACAUGGCUGCUCACUGCUUUUACUGGCCCGAAGAAUGCACAUGUUGUGCCUGCAGCAAAUAAAUAUGUUCAGAUUCGAGCCUUAGCUUGGCCCGCUGUCCUUGUUGGAUGGGUUGCUCAGAGUGCAAGUCUUGGAAUGAAAGAUUCAUGGGGACCUUUGAAGGCCUUGGCAGUUGCCAGCACCAUAAACAUCAUUGGUCAUGUCAUCCUGUGCGGUUAUUUAGGCUAUGGCAUCGCUGGUGCAGCUUGGGCAACUAUGGUGUCACAGGUUAUUUCAGCUUUUAUGAUGAUUGAAGCUCUAAAAGGAAAAGGGUAUAGUGUUCUUGACAUCUCUCCUCCAUCGCCCAGUGAAAUUACGCAAAUACUCACGCUUUCAGCUCCAGUGUUUGUGACAAUCAGUUCAAAGGUGGCCUUUUACUCUCUCAUUAUUUAUUUUGCUACAUCCAUGGGAACUGUCACUGUUGCUGCUCAUCAGGUCCUGAUUCAAUUGUACAGCAUGUGUGUGGUAUGGGGCGAGCCGCUCUCUCAAACUGCUCAAUCAUUCAUGCCCGAAUUGAUGUAUGGAUUUGAUCGAAAUUUAGCAAAGGCUCGAAUGCUGUUAAAGUCCCUGGCGAUCAUUGGAUCCUUAUUAGGGCUGUUAUUAGGAACUAUCGGAACAUCUAUUCCUUGGUUUUUCCCUCGGAUGUUUACAUCUGAUCCAAAAGUCAUACAGGAGAUGCACAAAGUGUCGAUUCCAUUCUUCAUUGCUUUGUGUGUGACACCCUGUACUCACAGCUUUGAGGGGACAUUACUGGCUGGACGAGAUCUUAAAUUUAUCAGCUUCAGCAUGAGCGGAUGUUUCGUUUUGGGCUCUCUUCUCCUGCUGCUUGUCAGUAGCAGAGGAUACGGUCUGCUAGGCUGCUGGUGCGUGCUCGUUGGAUUUCAAUGGGCUCGCUUCUUCCUCACUCUUCGCCGCCUCAUUUCACCCCAUGGCAUACUCUACUCAGAGGACUCAACUCAGUACCAACUGGCGAAGCCCAAAAUCGCUUAGUUUCCAGUUCCAGUAGCCCAUCUCUGGAACCAAAACCGGCAAGAAGCCAAAUGCACUCAGCCAGGCAAAAUGGCAUCACUGAUGAAUUGGCUGCCAUGAUUUCUUAUUCUUCAUGCUGGUUUCUUUUAAUUUUGGUAGAACCUCAUUAUCAGCCCGAAAGCUGUUCAGUUCAUUGAAACUCUAGACUACACCAAUCAUGAUCUCUUUGUUAUUCAAGGUCCAGAAAUGGCUAGAGGAAUUUACCACCGGAUUGUUGUACUUUUUGAGCAUCAUUAUUUGUUGAUGUAAA